CCUAAAGUCGUCUCUUUUGAUGCCUUCAACACCUUGUUUGUAUCCAAAAGACCUAUAUUGAAAGUCUAUGCUGAAAUAGGUGCUAAGCAUGGGUUUAACCUAUCUGAGGAGGAAUUAUCCAGUAGAUUCCCCGAUGUUUACAAGGAUAUGAGAGCUAAAUAUCCAAAUUUUGGGAAGAGUGCUAAAAUGACAUAUCAGGAAUGGUGGCGUCAAUUGCUUGUUAAACUUUAUGAUCCUUUAAAGAUCCAACAAGAUUUCAUUGAUGAAUUAUUGACAACAUUUGAAGGGUUUAAAGGUUAUACUGGUUAUGAUGAUGUUGAAGCAUUUUUGAAACAAAACUAUGGUGAUAAUGUUAUAUUUGUUGCUUCGAGUAAUAGUGAUCCAAGAGUGGUUAAAGUGUUGGAAAGUUUGAAAUUAUUAAAAUAUUUCCAUAAAGUUUAUCUAUCUUAUGAUAUUGAAGUGACAAAACCAAAUUUAGAAUUUUUCAACUAUAUUAUAGAUGAUUUAUUAGAGAAUUGUGAAUCUUUAAAAGGUGUUGAUAGAAAAGAUUUAAUGCCCAAUGUUUGGCAUAUUGGUGAUGAAUUAACCAAUGAUUUAGAAGCAUGUUUUAGAGCUGGUUGGAAUGGGAUUUUAAUUGAUAGA